GCACGGACGAAAUUCGAUUUCAGUUUCAUGUUUGAGGCCUAAAGAACACCAGAAUCUGGAACUAGAGCUGUGCACUAACCUCGAGUAAUGGUACACAGUAUCCUCUGUACCCAGUUCUUCGAUAUCAUAGUUAGUCAAUUCCCAAAAAGCUUAUCAGUUUUGUAUGAACCUACUGUUCUGAGUCAAAAGUAAGAAAAAACGUAACAUCCUUAUUACAGCUGACUACGCAUGUGCUACUCUUCUGGCAGAAUACGUCCACUUGCUCGAAUAGAUCAAACAUCCCAGAUAAAUGGAAUAUUAAAGAAGGAAAUUGUAAUUUAAUUUGUCAAUGUGACGUCAUCCAGUAUAUCAUCACACUGAGGCAUUCACCCACGUUUCCUCUCCGCUUGCACAACAAAGUCAAGAUCUACUCUGAGAUUCUAACACCAUGUUCCAAUCACAGAGUUUUGGAACACGAUAUUUGUGUUCGACUGUUGUCAUCACCUUGAUCGCUCACACGAUUCAAUGACAAGAUCUGAAUUGAAGAGGAUGCGUGCUUUUUUCCCAAGCUAGCCAUCGUAGUGUCUGUCUUCCCGUUGGUCUUCAUGCAGCUAGAUUCGCAGUCUCCCAGUACAAGUGUACAUCCUGUUUUUGCACAACUCAGAGUUCGUCACAUCUGAGAAAUCUGCUAUAUCAUGCAUUCUAUGACAUUUUGCUUUCACACCGCGCGAUCUUUGCUAAGAACUUGAUUUCAGAUACUCGCUGGUUCGCUCGUCAGAAGCAAGGUCGCUGCCCGCUGCUGCGCUCCAGUCGACGACGACGUUGCUGCGUUCAAAGAGAGGCAGAGCAGAAGAAGAGAGGCCGUGCAAGAGCUCCGACAUCUUUGAUUUUCUUCUUCCCCGCCAGCGUCAGAAGGCACACGAGUGCAAGAAGUCUCAUGCCCAGCAGACACUACGACGGGAAGAUAAGUUUUCUUCGGGAGAGCCGGCUUUCGGAUCGAGGAGAGUGCUUCCUGUAGGCCCGGUUACAUUUCGCUCGCGCAUGCCAAGCAGCAAACGUUUCUUAAUCUCUGAGAGUGGAGGAGAGAAAGGAAGGUGCAGGUGCGUCCAUCUUCAGUCACGCUGCUGAACUGGCGACACGGGAAAUGGACUCCGCACACGAGGAACCGGAGCUUCCCUCCGCCAUCCAGGACCUUGUACAGCGUCUGGAAGGACAAGGCGAGCCUAUAACGGAGCUUCCCAGAUUAAGCAGGCCAGAAUUUCGGGAGUUCUUUCCCUAUGGUGAAUCACCCUCGACAGUCAUAGGGUGGCGAAGCCAAGUGCGUCGUCGAGUGCUGGAGGCAAUCGGCAGGUGCAACACCUUUGAGAUUCUGGACGUGUACAAUAUUUGUGGCGGAUAUAUAUCAAUGUUGACGCCGAGCGAGUGGGAGGUAGUUCUCAGAGGUUUCAGGUGUAGCACCGUUCUAAAAAAGAUAACCGUUGCUGGGUUAUUCUAUUCAGAUGAUGCGGAUAAUGAGAGCUUUUGUUUACAGCUGGGGAGAAUUCUGAAUUCCUCUAGCGUAACAGCGUUAGAACUGCGUGACGGAUUUAGUGCCAGAUGUCUCUCGAAUCUCGCCUCAGGACUGCAAGGACGUUCCGAUUCUAAACUCAAGUCUUUAGAUUUAUCGGGAUGGUGGGAGAACUCGAGUGCGGUGAAGUAUGUGGCUGACAUGAUCAAUAGUGCUCCUCUAUUAGAAACGUUGCGUUUAGGCGGACGUUUAGGCGGCUAUUUGCAGGACAUGGAGGACGAGACCGUUGGAACAAUCCUGUCCCAGGCUUUGAUCCAGAGCUUGGCUUUGAAAGAAUUUACCUUAGACGACGCGGGGAAGUGGGGAGGGCGCUUGUUGCUGAAAGCAUUGGCCGGAGACGAUCGCAACCGAUCCAUUGAACGUCUUCGGCUAAUCAAAAUGGAUGGACUCCGAGACUGUUUAAAGGAACUUCUUAUUUCCAACCCAUCAUUGAAGACAGUGGAGCUCUUCCCAUUUCUCAUGGAGCCUGAGCAAGCGCACCAGCUCGGCGAAGCCAUACGUGACAAUGCCAUAGCGACAACUAUACUUGUUAGGUUUCGUGGUGAAGAAUGGAAGUCAAUAGAAGCUCUUGCUCGUUCUGCUAGCUCCGAUGUCAAUGACCCCACAGUGGAGCUUGAACUCGUUACUGGGAGUGAAGAUGAAGUGAUGUUAUCAUUAAACCUAUUAAGUAGGGUACUGCGAGGGGAAAUCACAUCUCUGAAAUCUCUGAGUAUAUUCUUUCAAUCACCGCUAGAUUAUAGAAAGAUUAUCACGUUCAGUAUACCCCCUAUGAAUGGAAAAAGUGGAGAAACUUCAGUCCUGAAGAGACUGGAAUUAUCUGUCCGAAGCGAAGAUCUUUCGAAGGAGCAAUGGGAGGACCUGCUUCGGUGCAUGCGAGGGAACCUCACUCACUUGGAUUUGUCUGACUCCGAACUCGACGAGAAGGCGUUCAGGGACCUGAUGGGGGUCCUGCAAGUUAACUUGGCUCUCCAGGAAAUCGAUGUCUCCCGAACAUCAUGGGCAACUGACGGAAAGGCGGCGCAGAUUGAAGAGGCCCUGAAGCAGAAUCAAAAGCGGGCCGUCUACAUGUCUGUGUUCCGAGAAGCCAACUUAACAUUUGGAGAUGCAAAAGCUGGUAGACUCUUCUUAUGCGGCUCUCCUAGAGCAGGAAAAACUCAACUCCGUAAAACCCUGAUGAGUAUCAAUCAUAGCUGGCUACUCGGAAGCAGUCUAUCCAUUGAUUGGGUAGACUGCUUCCGAGUAGCUGAACGACUCUGGAGGACCAAAGGCAUCGAAGUGGAGUAUUUGCAAACUAUUGACAAAAUGCAAAUCUCAGUUUGGGAUCUUGCGGGACAAUCAAUUUUUCGUACCCUUCAGAAUGUGCUAUUUCCUCAAACCAACAAUUUUUGUGUUUUUCUUUUUGUGUAUAGCCCUUUUUGUGACAACACAUCUAAAAACAAACCAGACUCUUGUUUCAAAACCGAGUUGGAGGAUUGGUUAAGCUUCAUCACAUCCAGUGUUAAGAUCACGGGACGUGAUCUUCCCCAAGUUUUUGUUGUCAUUUCUCACAAAGAUAAAGCCAAAUACAGCUCUGUGAGUUGGACUCAGACCAUAAUUGAAGAACUCAACCAAAGAUUCGCAAAUUUUGUGGAUCUACUCCCUGUUCAAAUGUGUUUUCAUGUGGAUGCUAGGAAUAAAAAACAAAUUAUUCCUCUCAACCGUCACAUUCUUGAAAAUUUUAACAAGUUGUUGAGUGAAAAAUCUCCACAAGUUCCUCUAUUAUGUUCUCAACUCAUCUCCCUCUUCGUUGCAGAAACCAAGAAGAACAGAAGUUGCCCUCUGUGGUCAUAUGAUCAAUUUCAUGAUUUUUGUGCUCCCUACUUGAAAAAAUUCAUUCCUUCUUCUUCUCGUCACUUUGAGGAUGAUUCGAAGAUAAUGGAGUCUAUCAUAUUCUACUUGAAUGAGGUUGGAUCUAUCAUAUACAUUUCCAACCUUAAGUACAUCAUUGUAGAUCCCAACUGGCUUACUAAUAUCUUCCUGGGUGAGCUGAUAGCUCUUGGUCAAAACUUUCAAGCUCAAGAGACAGAGUUUUCUAAUAGAACGUGCCCAUACGGUGCAAGCAAGGACGGAUUUGUGAGUGAGACUGUCUUUGUUCGGUUGAUAGAAGAGUUUUUGCGAGAGCAAGCACAUGGCCAGAGUGGUGUGGGCAGAGAGCAGCUUGAAAACAUCCUUGUCAAUUUAGAUUUGUGUUUCAAGCUGGAAGAUAGUUCUCAGUAUUUCAUUCCUUCCUUCAUCCCUGAGCAUGCAAGCAAGGAAGAACAUGACCAUCAAGAAGGGGCGCACUUGAAGUUGAUGUGUUGGGAAAAUACAAGAGAGAAUUCACAGUUUGUUGGCAUUCGGAUUCAGUGCCAAGAUGGGAGAACAAUGUCAUUGUGGUACCCCACUUUUGGCAAUUUUGAGGAAAUUAAAACAUUUUUGGAAAACUGUACCCUGGCAGCAUUGUAAAUAGCCUUCGGUACAUCAAAACAGAGUGAAUCCGGAAGAUCGCGGGGAUUCUCGAGGG